AUGGCUGAUUUCGCAACUGUACCGCUGGUGAUUGUCGAGGGAUUUCUGUCUAGCACCGGAUCUGUCCUAUGGGGGAACUUCGAGACGUAUCUGAACUGCAGCAACGGAGGGCCGGGAUACCUUCAGAGGCGUACCAUCUUUGUCAGUAUAGGGCCUGUAAGCUCCCUGCAUGACAGAGCAUGCGAGCUUUUCUACGCAUUGAAAGGAGGCACAGUAGACUAUGGAGUGGAUCAUUCUCGACGUCACUCACACAGACGAUUCGGACGGACUCAUUCCGCAGGGUUAUGUCCGGAGUGGUCGCAGGAGCAUCCCCUUCACUUCUUUGGACACUCCAUCGGAGGACCUACCAUCGUGAAAAUGCAGUGGCUGAUUGCGCAAGGGUUCUUCGGUGCCAACAUGCACCCGAGUAUGGUGUCCUCGGUCACGACGGUGUCUGCACCGUUCCGAGGUACACAACUGGUAUACACACUUGGAGAACGCACGGACGGUGCACCAGCAGUAUGCCCCAUCUCCGUCGGUGCAGCUGUGGCAAAAAUGGUUCAUGUCGCAUCAUACCUUUCCCCGCUCCUACCGCGGAUAUUUGAUAUGCACACAGAGUCGAGGGCUCUUUCGUACCGCGAGACGACCUUCAUAUCGCUACUCCGCCAGCUGUACCGCAGCGACUGGGCUGAAGGCCGGGAUGCAACCCCUUUCGACAUGACAUUUCAAGGUGCAGAGGAGAGAGAGUCAGCUGGUGAGGGCAUCCCUCACGAUGGAACCUUCUACCGUAGUUACGUCGCAUGCAUGACCCGACGUAUCCGACAGACUGAUGUCAAGCACGCUCCACCCCUGAAAUACCUGCUCAAUCUACCAUUAUAUGUAUGUUCUCGACUGAUGGGGUCUUUCGACUUCGCGGUGUUACGUCCGGUACCCGCUUUUAUGCGCGCCCACCCAACGGCCACCCUGGCGACGCUCAUUGGCACCAUGGACAGCGCAAAUGGUCUUGUCCACUCGACACAAGGUGUUUUCGAGGCCACGGUCGUUUCACAAGAAGAGGUCGGAGAAAACCAUUGGGCCAAUGACGGCGUGGUCCCUACGUUUUCUCAGUUCCACCCGUUUGGUUGUCGAGAAAGCCGAUGCCAUCAUUGCCCACUCUCGGGUUAUGCCAGUCCCAACGAAGGUCAUAGGAAACAUCUCGUUGGACCUGGUAUAUGGGACGUGCAUGCGCUCGAUAACUGUGAUCAUUUCUCACUAGUACCCCUUUGGAUGGCGACUGCGAAGCAAAAACAGUUCUGGCGGGACGUUGGAGCUUGGCUUGUAGACAUCGACGAUCGUCGUGCGCGCUCUAUUGUUCAGUAUGAGUAA